AUGUCCACCCGCUCAAUACGAAAACCGCGACGACCAGCCCCGGAGAUCCCCGAUGUUGCCAUGCAUCAUGUAACCGCUGCAACUGCAGCUUCGCGGGCAAUGCGCUCGAGUCAAAGCUCGUCUCAGGAGUCAAGAAACCCAUACGAAAGACUAGGUGGUCCAGGAAACGUUGCCAUCCCUCGAAGGCGUCCCGGAUCGAGCCUUCGGAGCACUGAUGAUAGCUCGUCGGUCAGCCAGGGUGACUUGCCUAAAAUUCCAAAACCUCGUCAAUCCAAGGAAAUGACCGGUGUAUCGGCUCGAGGCUAUUGCUUCGAUGACCCUGCCGCCCUUCCACCAAUCACAGAACUCGACGGGCUUGAUGGACGAGACAGCUCAGUGCCCUCUUCAUAUCGCCGAUUGCGCAAGGCCAAGUCAAUGUUCUCUACCAGGCAACGAACCUCACAGACCCCAUAUGGAGCGCCUUCCCUUCCUUGCGGCGAUCCCCUUGAUCCCGAGCGCAGUCCUGGAUUUCAGCUGCCACGAACAAUGAGACGAUCCAUGUCUUUUCUUCGAGGAAGUUAUCAUUCCACACAAGUCAGUCCAACUGCUAAGGGUCACGAUGAAGCCGUUCAGCUUGCCCGUAGCCAAUUCGCCCACGAUCCCGAUGGUAGAGGUGUUCAGACUCGCCGGUCAUCUUUCUUGCUCAGACGCAAGAAGGAGCAAAGGCCAUUUCGAAAAUCGUUCCGGGCUACUAGUGAAGGUGGCUUCGAUACCGGACGUUCUCAUAGGUCUUUUUCAACCUCUAUCAAAAACAAAUUCAGACGUGUGUUUGGGUUUUCCAAGUUCGCGGAUCAACAACCUGCGCCACGUGGUCACUCAAAUGAUGCUGAGGCGUCUUCGGUAGCUCCAAUUGGGAAAGACACCGAAGAAUACUCUCCACAAAAGCUAACAGCCACUGAAGACGGCAUUGAUUCCAACUAUUUCCAGUCAAUGCCCCAGUCACCCAGCCGUGAUAGUCUCUGCACUUCCAAUUCGCGCGUCACCAGUUGGGCUGAUUCAACCAUGCCAAACACAGUUACAACUCGGAAGCCAGGGCAUCGCCAAUCUCUCUCUUUGAUCCGAGAGGACGGCGAUCUGGAUCAGCAAAUACCACGGACGCCUGUAAUGGAUGAUACCGAAAACCAGUCUCCUUUGGUUGUGAGAGCGAACCCUCAUCGAAUUAGCAUUGUUGACAGUCAAGAUUUGUACACUGCGUUGAUGAAACAGAUGGGCCGAAAUUCCCUGUCUGACCCCAAUGAGGAGAUGGUCUUCGGCACCGUGUCGCAGCAUCGUGUGAUUCCAGAGCGAACGAAUUCAGUUUACUCCAAACAUGGUCAACGCAGUAUCCGUCAUGUCCCAAGCCAAGAAUCCUCGAACUCACCCAGUUCAUUUGCAACAGCGCGUGGUGGUGAUCAAUCCAGUCCACGAAAGUAUCCGCGCUCAACGAGGUUGAUGCAAGUUUCUCAGGGCAUGCCGUCUCAGGUGAAAAAUCAACAUAUGACUGCUAUUUCAGACAAAAGGUUGCUGCAAUCAACUUACGCUCUGAGCGAGGAGUCAGAUGAGGAUAGUGGCAGCGUUAUUGUUUCUCGCGUUCGGGCCUCGAAAAGGGAUAUUGUUUCCCCAAGUGUCUAUUCCCGGACCACCAGUGGCAAUACCCCGACAAGAACUGACAAUGCCGACAUGGGCGUCCAUGAUGAACCAGGAACAGCGACCAUAUUUACUCCACAGCGGACAACAUACAGCUCGCCCAAGCGUGCCAAUCGGGCUUCGUCUCCCACACCUCAGGUAAAUCCCAGUGCAGACUGGCAGCAGUGGAUGAGCUCGCAGAUCGAAAGAAUUGAGCAAGUUAGUCCCACAAGGGAGCACAUCAGAGAAGAUGCCCAAUACCAGGACGAUGAUGAGUACUUUACCAGCAUAUCUCGACGAGCUCCUCUCGCUAUCUCUGUUCCCGCUUCAGAAACUCUACUAAAGGUUCCAGACAGCCAAAAUAUCACCGAGCGCAAAGCUUCGGGUGAGAACAAAGUCCCGUCACAGAGCAAUUUUUCCCGUCCGUUAAUCCAGCCUUCCGGCAUGCGAACCAUCAUGCCAUUGCAGACAACCAAGUCAGAAAAUAUGGCACAGGCUCACGCUAACUCAUUGGCGAUGGACACUACUGCUAAUUCUGGUGAAAACCUUUCAUCCAAGCCCAUCCCCGUUUCUUACAAUCAAGAACCGUCGCCAAUUCGACUGAGAUCUGGGAACAUGCAGCCACCUGAGUCCCCAACCCCCAAAGGAGUGAGGGCAAAGCGAUCCUGGACCAAAGAGCAACAGCGACGCUAUUCCGCCAAGCGAGCUCCGAUCGCCCAAGAUAGUAGAAUCAAUCACUUCCGAUCCAUGCGCACCCAACGAGACAACCGUGCAAACAAUGAGAAUGCGCGGCAGCAGGAUGAGUACACUGACAUGAUGGAAAGCUACCACCAACUUCAAGACAUUCAUUCCACGAUCUCUAGCAAGCGCAUGGUUGAUAUGUUCUUGGACAGUCGCCGUCGACAAAUGGGUGAGGUCACUGACAACGAUACAGCCACAGGGGCUUUUCUUUGA